AUGUAUAUAAUAAUUGCAUCUGCCAUUAUUCUUGCUAUCAGUUUUACUAUUCAACUAACAAAACUCAAUCCAAAAAAAAAGUUAUAUUUUAUGGAUAUGUUUCUUAUCCUUCUAGGUGCAAUGGCAAUAUAUAGUGAAACUACACAUAAGCUAGGUGAUUUUACAGAACAAUUAUAAGCUGCAUUUUCAAAAUAAUAUCCAAUUGAAUAUUAAUUAGAUGAACUCAUUCUCAAAAAUCAAAUUCAUGUUCAUUCAUAUUAAUUAUUUUAUGGGAUGAAAUAAGAUGGUAUUUCUACUUUCUUUUAAUACAUUAUUAAUAAGUCAAUUAAAGAAAGUCAAUAAGCUAUCUACAUUAAUAUUUUAUCUGAAAUAUAAACAUAAGAGCAAGCUCUAUAGCAAUUUGGAACAAAUAAUUUACAUGAGUUAAUUCAUUUCAUUUAAUAAAAACCAACCACAAUUGCUAUUGACAAUUUGCAUUUAUCAAUUAGCAAAAAAUAAUGCUUUAUUUGUUCAAUUUUAAGUAAUCUCCAUAAAUUUAACACUACAACAAUUCUUAUAAGUGCAAAAGAAUUACAUAAUUUAAAUUAUAUGUUAGAUGAUUAUAGUGUUAAUGUGAUGGAAAUUAGAGAAUUUAAUAAUGGAAAAUAAUUACAUUUUAGAUAUGAUUGGAAUUAAAACUCUAUAUAAUAUGGAAGGAAAUAUGAUGGUAUUACUAUCCUCUUAUUUAAGAUAUUGUUGUAUAAAAGUAAAAAGAGUUUGUAAUAAGUUUGACUGAAACAGAAAAAUAAUUAAUGAGUAAUAUAAGAAAACUAAUUUGUAAAAUCAAAUGUGAAAAUUAAAAUAUUAAAAUAGAUGAUUUGUAAAUUUAUCCAUUUUAUCAUAGAACCUAUCAAUAUUCAGAUUUGAAGUAAAUUGUAGAAAAAAAUUAUAUAAUUGCUUAAUUUGGAUAAGUGAAAUUUUAUAAUAGUUUUAUAUUUGAGUCAUUGCAAUAUUUAUGA